AUGAGCAUCUCGAUAUCGAAAACCAAGUCGUUGACCAUCAGCAAGGAACCGAUACGAUUCAAACUAGCACUAAACGACCAACCAAUCGAACAAGUGAUGAGUUUUGAAUACCUGGGGAUAAUAGCUUCAAGCAGCCGAAACACAUAUGACGAGGUGAAAGCACAAGUGAAUAAAGCAGCAAGAGUGUCUGGCUGUCUGCACAGUACUAUUUGGAAAAACAAAUGCAUGUCGAUAACCAGCAAGGCAAGGAUCUACAGAACAGCAGUGAGGCCCAUCCUCACCUACGCAGCGGAAACGAGAGCGGACACUAGCCGGACGAAAAGAGCACUACGAACAACCGAAAUGAGGACCCUUCGAGCGAUCGCAGGCGUUACACUGUGGGACAGACAGCGAAGCAGUGAGAUCCGGGAGCGGUGCGAUAAUAUGCCAGAUGUCGUAAGGUGGUCACGAGGGAGAAGAAGAGAAUGGAGACAGCAUGUAGAGAGGAUGCAGGACGAUAGACUCGCCAAAGCCGCAUACAAGGAGAAACCGAACACAACUAGACCCUUAGGAAGACCACCGAAGAGAUGGGCUGACUCCUGGACUUCAUCGUCACAGGACAUCGAAUGA